AUGGGUGCUUGUUCUUCCACUCAAAAUACAAAGACUCUCAAGGCAUAUGGUGGAGGACGCGGAGGAGUUGGUGUGAAGGCCAAGGCCAGGGUCAUCCAUGUGGACGGUGAUCAGAUACAAGAGUUCAAGCAGCCCAUCAGAGCGAGAAACAUCACCUCCCAGAAUCCGGGCUGCUUUAUCUGCAACUCGGAGUCCAUGUUCAUUGGGUCAUGCGUGCCCCAGUUACCUGAGGAGGAGCUGUUACAGCCAGGUCAGAUUUACUUCCUCAUGCCGAUUUCUCGGGCCCGCAUCCCAUUGUCCCUUUCUGACCUGUGUGCUCUCGCCAUCAAGGCCAGCUCUACUCUUGGUAAACGAUCAUCCUUCACUCUCAGAUGA